AUGAGACUUAGUAAUAUCGGUCUGCUGGUUACUACGCUGAUUUCUAACAUUGGAAUCUCGAAUGCAGACACCGAUAACGAAUUAGAAAAACGUAAUAGUUGUUCUACACAGGUUUCAUCAUGUUCUCUUACACCAUAUAAUCAUGGUUACCCCGCAGCUUCCGUUUCUUGGGGAAACACUGUCACUGAUCUAGGAAAUGGUAUUUAUGAGGGUACAAUGAACUUUCAAGGUAAAGACUGUUCUCAGUUUGAUAACACCAAUGAAAUCAAGAUUGAUGGUGGUGCUGCGACAGUGGUUGUCUACUCUUACAACAACCUUCCAAUGGAGGAUGCUUCUGGCCAACAAUGUAUGAAGGACGGUAUGCAGAUUCAGUAUGACUUUGCUGAUGGUAAGAACUCUUUUGACUACUCCUUCGGUUGCGGCUCAGGAGGUCAAUUUGAUUUGCCUGAAAUGUGUUGGAGCGCGAAUUGUGGAAACCCACCCACAAACACCCCAACUACUACAACAUCUCCAAAUAAACCAACCACGACAACUACUCCAAAUCAACCAACGACUACCGCCAGCAAUUGUGUUCCACAAUAUGGGAACAACAUCACCUACGACCACCUCUUCAUCGAGUACAUCAACGACCCCAACCACGAAAACAUCGGCGACACCAACGACUACGGCCAGCUCUUGUGUUCCACAAUAUGGUAA